UUCAAGUGUCUGUUUACAAACAAAGCGAUUAUGGCAGCCAAUCCGCCGGUUGGUAACUUUCGAGGACGGGGUAGUGCCGCAAACCGUCGUGGCCGGGGCCGUAGUUCCUGGCGACCGUAUUUCCGUCGUGGGAGAGGAGGCUGUGGCUCAGCACCAUACGAGAGGCCAGUUACCCUUCCCAUUCCCAAUGCCGGGUCCAGUUCUUCCCACGACCAGUCAACAUCAACUGUAUCCGUUUCCACGUCUCUCUGCCCGGUUACAGUCCAAGAGCCCCCGCAAUCAUUUUUCGUCGAGAAGUCCUCAACUCCUUACCCAGGGUGGCAGCUGUACUUCCCCAAGAAUAAGUACGACGCGACCUCGCCCAUCGUGCGGAAGGUGGAAGCGAUUCGCUCCCACUUCAGUCGGAAGUCGGAAUAUUACGAUUUGGCGAAGAUACGAAAGCAAUUCUGGUUUCCCCUUCACUUAUCGCACCUUACGAGUGACGAUGCAUUUUGCAAAAAGUGGCCAAACUUCCAGCAGGAUCUGGGAGAGAACCCAGACGAGACUCUAGCCUGCAUUGGACUUGCCAUGCACAGAAAUGUUUCAGAAGCUCCUGUUCAGCCUGGACCAAGCCAGUCGGUGAGUAACUCGCAGUUUCAAUUUAGCUCCAAUUCAUGUCUGCGAACUGUUCGGGCGAGAAUCCAUGGUUUCGGCCCUGCAGUAAACUUACGCGCCCUCAAGGUUAACAACUACGACCGACUCGUUUCUGUCCGCGGAACAGUCAUUCGUGCAGGGGCCACCCAAAUCCUCUGUACGUGGAUGGCCUUCGCCUGCCCAAAUUGUAACGCAGAACAGUCUAUUCGACAACCUGAGGGAGUAUUCACAGCUCCGAGUUCCUGCAAAGGGGGUUGCCGGACACGCAGUAACUUCACUGAACUCCUAUCGUCUCCUUACACUCGGACAGAACCCUUUCAAACCAUUCGCCUUCAGGAGUCAAUGCUUGGCGGUCAGUAUGACUCGGGAAGGGUACCCAGGAGUAUUGAAGCGGAACUUGCGGAGGAUCUCGUAGACUCCGUCUGUCCUGGUGACGAUAUCACACUAACUGGAAUCCUGAAAGUUCGCCCUCAGGAGGAAUUCCAAAGGAAAGGGCAGGCUAGUAUGUACAAAAUAUACAUCCGGGCGGUCUCCUUGUCCAACAAUAAAAACACGAUCUCCAACCGCAAGUCGGAGUUCACGGAAAAAGAUAUGGAGGCCAUUCAGUUGAUAAGCAAGGAACCCUCUCCAUUUCGCCUGCUCGUGAACUCCUUAUGCCCAACAAUAUACGGUCAUGAGAUGGUGAAAGCAGGCCUGAUUCUGGGUCUGUUUGGCGGUUGUGCGUUUCAACCGGGCAAGCGAACAGAGGCACAUGUACUAGUCGUUGGCGACCCAGGCGUAGGCAAGAGUCAAAUGCUGCAAGCGUGCGCAAAUGUAUCCCCAAGAGGCGUUUUCGUGUGCGGAAACGGCAGUUCCAGCGCUGGUCUUACAGUUACCGUGCGUCAGGAGAGAGGUGGAGGCUCUCUGGAAGCCGGGGCACUUGUACUCGCUGACCAAGGAGUUUGUUGCAUCGAUGAGUUCGAUAAAAUGUCAUCCAACCACCAGUCACUGCUUGAAGUGAUGGAACAGCAGACAGUGAGCGUCGCGAAGGCGGGUGUGCUUUGCUCCCUGCCAGCCCGAACUUGCGUUUUAGCAGCAGCUAAUCCUUCCGGGGGUCACUACGAUCGAUCUAAAACUGUCUCAGAGAACCUAAAAAUAAACCCUGCAUUGCUAUCGCGGUUUGACCUGGUUUUCAUACUUUUGGAUCGGCCCAACGCCCAUUUGGACAGUCUGUUGACUGCUCAUAUACAAGCUCUGCACUCCGGUACCAAAAACAGCCCAGGUGCGCCAAGUAAUAGCGGAAAUAGCUCAUUUUACGGAGCCAUGAACAGAACCCUCAAUACUUCCACAAGCUCGGAUAGCUCCUGCGAUAAACCGCUGCUGGAGAGAUUGCGAUUGGCACCGAAUGAAAAACUUGACCUUCUGCCUCAUGUUUUGUUUCAGAAAUAUAUCGCUUAUGCGAGGAAGAAUAUCUGCCCGAAACUCUCUACAGAAGCCGCACAUGAGUUGAAGAAAUUCUACUUAGAACUGAGAGCGGUUCGGCCGGGUUUAGACGCCAUUCCAGUCACGACCAGACAACUAGAGGCUCUGAUACGUCUCAAUCAAGCUCGAGCCCGUGCCGAACUAUCCACAACAGCAACUCACCGUCACGCUCUUGAUGUAUUGGAAAUUGUUCGUCAUAGUCUGGUGGAUGUGUUCAGCACCGAUGAGGGUGUACUGCAAGUCCAACGCAACAUCAACGGAUGUGGAAUGAGCCAAGCGAGCCAAGUGAAGAAGUUCCUUCGAUUUCUGCAAGUGCGAUCGAAUACGUCGAAUAAAACCGUUUUUGAGUUAGAAGAGUUGCAGGAGAUUGCAACACAAGCAGGAGUUGCUGGCGGUCUCACCAAUAUUCUGGAUUCGCUGAAUGUUCAGGGAUUUUUGCUGAAAAAAGGCCAGAGUAUAUAUAAAUUCAUAAAUGGAUGAAGCAUUAUGCUCAUUCAGGUAUCGAAUGUAACCUUGUUUACCAAUAA